AUGUCUUCAAACGUCGGUCUCUCUACCCCCAGAGGUAGCGGUACGUCCGGUUACGUUCAGCGCAACCUGGCGCAUCUCAAACCUCGCGAUCAAGGAAAGCCAUAUUCGACCGACCUCGACAGUCUGAAGCACCGUCAGCGGCAGCCAGACAAGGAUAUCUUGGAGCAUGAUCGGAAGCGCGAGAUUGAGGUAAAAGUCUUCGAGCUGCGUGACUUAUUAGAGGACGAAGGAGUUCAUGAAGACGAAAUCGAGGAGCAGGCUGAUGCACUACGAAAGAAGUUACUGAAAGAGAGUGAGAGGGGAAGUGGCCCAGCGAAGAAAGGACUCAAGAUGCACCAGGUUCAUGAGUUGGCAGAGGCGAAGAUCAAGCAGGAUGAUCGAUUUAGAAGCGCGCUGGGAAUCAGCAAGACCUACGAAGAGGGAAGCCAUUGGAAGAAGCAGGAGGAGAGACUGAAAGCUGCAGCGGAGAAGGCGGCGCAGGAUGAGGAGAAAUAA